GUCUGCUUUUCCUGCCUGCUCAAUUUUUGCUCUAUCCGUGGGCCUCUCUACCAGGGGGAAUCGCCAGCAGCCCUGGGGAAGGAAAGAUGUGGAGGAAACUUGCUUUUCAGGAGGUAAGACGCCCACGCUUGCUGUUUGACACUGGAGGACUUAGUGGGGGGAGAGUGUCACCCUUCUUUGGGCUGAAAUAGGUUUCAAAUGCAUAACAAGGCACUCAAAGGGCACAGGCGGGUUUAAAACACCGAGCCCCAGAAGAAUGAUAUACAGCCUGCGUAGGAACGACAGUUUGUGGCUUUCCUGCUAGGCGCCUAGGAGAAAACAAGUGAUCUCUCGGACAGUCGCUGUUAGACACGCUGAGGCGCUGAGACGCCAUAACUCUCGCAGGGUGGGUCUAAAACUGCAGUGGCCAUAUUCAGUCUCCCCUGCAGAAUCACAGAGAAACGAGACCUCUUGUGUUUCAUGGGGUCCCUGCUCCCAGGGGACGACUGAGAUGCUUAAAACAAAGCACCCGCUAACGUGCUUUGCCGGCCUGGCGCCUGCGUGAGGCAGAGAGGCGCACAGUGACUGACACAGAGCGCUGGAGGAAUGGGGGAUAAAAACUAUUUCUUCAAAAUAACACCGCGACGAAGAUUGCCCUCUUUUAAACGUGUCGGAGGGCGUUCCUUGGCAUAGGACGUACAAAUGCGGACACGUGUAACGGAUCGAUUUCUCGCCAUCCCACUCGUGGUGCCGUCUGGAUUGUUUGGAAGGCUUUUUUUUUUCACUGGGGGGCCCUGCAGGAAUUUUGCGGAAUGUCCAGCGUCCGGAUUGAUACGCUUUGCGCAGGAGGAGGCAGGGUCAAGGGGCGGGCCUGCUUAGGGGGUGCCCAGAUGACCAUGUGGGCGCGAGACUCAGAAGUGCAUCAUGGCGGGAUACAGUGCCACGAGGUGUAAAAACCAAACCCAUCCCUUUGCCUUCGCAAGCAUCGCCUUUAAAGUCGUCGUCUUACUCCGGCGCGCUGGGCAAGCGGUACCGGACACCCGCCCCAGCCAAUGUCAACAGGACAUCCCUCUGUCUGUGCCCGAGGGUGGCGAUGCGCAACAGCCCCUUAACCUCACGGAGCGCUUUGCCCAGCUCUCCUGGUACGAUGCCUUGGCUGGGACAUGGGUACUGAUAGCCGUCAUCCGUCCAGGGAAAUCAAACCCACUCAACAGCUCCUUCGCCGGGCGCAUCUCCAUGUCCAACAGAUGGCUCACCGUGACGAACGCCAGCAAAGCCAUUGCAGGGGUGUAUAAGAUCGAAUCUGAGAUGAACAAAAGCAAGUGUCUGGUUUUCAUCCGUCUGAAUGUAACAGAGCCUGCGCCAACCUCAGCUCCGGUCUCCCAGGUGGCCCUGGUCAGCAGCGGGACGGCAGCUGUGGAGCCCGGAUCUUGGUCCAGCCGUAUUGCCGUGGUGGUGGUGCCGGUGGUAGGGUCAGUGAUGGUGGCAGCGCUGUUGAUAUGGCAGAUAAAGAAUAUUGCUCGCUACGUGCGCUCGUUCGGCAGCCGUCAUGAUUUCCCUGCCAGAGCCGGCCCGUCCCAGCAGGCCAGCGACUCAGGCCCCAUGCAGGAGCCGGCAGAGCUGACGCAGCUGAAGGAUGCCAGCGGUGGGGACCGGUCAGCUCUGCUGAAUGGGAAACUUCUCGGCAGCACUGAAAUGCUAAACGUGGGGGACUGGAGAGUGGGGAGGGAUGAACCCUGUCCCUCAACAUCCACUCAAUGUGCAGUGGCAGUCAAGACUGGGACUUUUUAGCUUGGAAAAGAGAUGACUAACGGGGGAUACAAUGGAGGUCUAUAAAAUCAUGACUGGGUUGGAGAAAGUAAAUAAGGAAGUGUUGUUUAUUCCUUCUCAUAACACAAGAACUAGGGGUCACCAAAUGAAAUGAAUAGGCAGCAGUUUUAAAACAAAUAAAAGGAAGUAUUUCUUCACCCAAUA